AUGUAUGAUUUUUCUGGAGUGCUAUAUUCUGUAACAUGUCCUGGCGUUUGGUUAUGCCCCAACGGCAAAGUGGCUCUGCGAAUCAACGCUCUUGAUUCUUGUGCGGAAUCCCAUGCAACAAGCCCGAUUUUACCGCUCUUGUUCCAUGACAAAUUCACUUUUGAUAAAAUCUUUUAUGGAAUAAUUUCCUUGACGGAGCUACAAAAUACUUUGGAGCAAGAAUUUUUAUACGCGGAAUUGAUACAGUGGGCGACUCCGGCUAGCCGAGAUAUUAUUUUAGCAACGUUUGAAACAAAUUUGGCAGAAUUGCUGUAUCCUGCGCCGUGUUUCAAAGGUUUACUAGCCGGUGUGGAUGUUGACCUUCUUAUGGAGCCGACUAAAUGUUUUCCCGGUAUAAUAGCACCUAAAAUCGAGAUCUCCACCAAAACAGUUAUCGAGGAAAUCAUAGAAUUCUGUGACACAAGCAAAUGUUAUAUCAUUAAUCGAAACAUUAGCUCUAAGCAAACGGCGUGUAGACAGAGAAAAAGACCGAUUAAUGGUAUUAUAAGACAGCGAAGAGUGUGUCACACUAAAAAUAAACCGAGAUCUCAAAGCUGUCAACCAUUCCGUCAGAGAUCGAGCGAUUCUCAUCAAUGUCCUUCGUGUACCACGAGUCGUCAAACAGAAUCGCAAAUUGAUCAGUGUUAUCACUCAAGGAGAAAUUCGAUGUGCACUUGUCGACCAGAUUUCCCAAAGUUAGCCAGAUCUACCAUUAUACGUGACAAAACUCAUGUUACAGAUAACUGCCCAGUUUGUUUCAAAAACGGCGCAUUCGACACCCAUGAGGAAGUAGUGAUGCCAUUAUUACAAUCUAAACUCGAAAAUCUUCAAAAAGCUAAAGAAAAAUGGUAUUCUACUGAAAUAAUGGACAAUCUUGAGGAAUGCAAUCCGAAAUGCGAAUACACUCAAGAUUAUUCUCCGAGCCAUGGUUUUUAUAAAAAUUUGGAAAAAUUUUACAAAAGAAUGUAUAAGCAAGCGAAAAUGCGUGCACAAGAGAUCGACGAUUGAUAUGAAAAAUAUCAUUGUCAUUCAGGUUUUUUUCUAAAAUGCGAUUUUUAUAUCUUUAUGGAUACUGCCCAAAUUGGCGUUACAAAUCCUUUGAAACAUUUGAUCAACCAAUUAAAAAAAAUUGUACUAAUGGACUAAUAAAACAUUUCGAAACA